UUUUCUCUGUAUAUAUAUUUGAACAAUAUGUAUCACUUUCCUUAAAUGUGUAUCACUUUCAUUAAAUAAAUUAAUUCAGAAAUUACAUUUUGGAAUACUUUCUGAUCUCAGGAAAUUUUAGCAGGAAUAGUUCAAUAAGAAAUUAUUAUUGUAACUUAUAAGUUCUUCGUUAUAGCAUCUCACUUAUCAGCAAAUGAUGAUCAUUAUCAUUGAUUUGAUUCAUUAUCUUAUAUGUUUAAUUUAUCAAUAUCUAAUCAUCAUAAUACACAUUUAGAGCACUUAGUUUGACCAAAACUGAGAGAAUUCACAUGAAAGCAUCUUGAAAAUGGACAAUUUUUACAAUAAUAUUUAUUAAGUUACAUAAAGUUGUCUGAAUAUUUUAUUUUUAUCAUAUAAAAACAUUUAACUGCUGUAAAGUUAGGAGAAAACAUUCUCAGCCUUUGGUUUGAGAGCUUCUCUGCUAUGUCUACUUUUAGUGGGUUCGAUCAACUUGACCCUAUUUUUCUUGUUUGUUUUUUUCCUUUUUACAUAAAAUUUUAUUUUCCUUUUCUGACUUUUACUAUGUGUUAAAAUAGUGGAGCUCGUAACUAUAAAAAGUAGAACAUUUUAUAAUAAUAAUUUGUCUUAUAUUGUACCUACGUAACAUAAAUUUGUACAUCAAUCUAUAUUCUAGCUAGUAGAUGAAUAUCCAUCCAUCAGUUAAUUAGAUAUAAGGAAAGUAGUGACCAUCACUUUUAUUAUAUCUUUAGUAUUUAUAUCAUUAGAAAUCAAGACUUUAAGAUAAAAAUAUUGGUUUAGAUGCAAGCUUAGUCAGCAAUGAAAAUAUGUCGUUUCACAUGUUAUGCCUUUUCUACCUAUAAAUAUAGCCCAAAACUAUCCCACAUAUAAGCACCACACACACCGCAAAAGUUAUACGAAUAUUAGCCAAUUUCACAAGCUUUAACACUUCCAUUGAUGGAAAUGGAUUUGAAUGCUCAAGUGAAGAAGGCAUGUUUCUUGCAAAGGCUUAAGGAUUUCCCUAGCAAGCUCAAAGACGGUGUCACCAAGCGCAUAAAGCAUGUGCAAAAGUUUGGGAAAGAUGACCCAAGAAGGAUCAUACAUUCCAUAAAAGUGGGACUUUCUCUCACAUUAGUUUCAAUGUUGUACUAUGUAAGGCCACUCUAUAAUAGCUUUGGGGUUUCGGGUAUGUGGGCAAUACUAACCGUAGUCGUGGUCUCCGAGUUCACUGUUGGUGGGACACUUUCAAAAGGUUUAAACAGAGCUUUCGCAACAUUAAUAGCCGGUGCCUUAGGGGUUGGUGCAGUACACCUUGCUCGAUUGUGUGGACACAAAGGAGAGCCUAUUGUUCUUGGGAUAUUAGUGUUCUCACUAGGUGCAGCUGCGACAUUUUCGCGGUUUUUUCCAAGGAUUAAACAGAGAUAUGACUAUGGUGCCUUGAUAUUCAUACUUACAUUUAGCAUGGUUGCUGUUUCGGGGUACCGUACAGAUGAAAUAUUGGUUAUUGCAUAUCAAAGACUAUCGACUAUUCUCAUUGGUGGAACAAUAUGCAUCCUUGUGUCGAUCUUCGUUUUUCCUGUAUGGGCAGGCGAAGAUCUUCACAAGAUGGUUGCUAACAACAUUAUCAAACUCGCUAACUCCAUAGAAGGUUUCGACGGUGAAUAUUUUCCAUCAUCGGAGAAGACUUCAAAGGAGACAAACUCGAGCGUUCGAGAAUACAAAAGCAUUCUAACAUCAAAAAGCACUGAAGAUACUUUGGCGAAUCUUGCAAGAUGGGAACCAGGACAUGGCCGAUUCAGGUUACGCCAUCCAUGGACAAAGUACUUAAAGAUCGCAGGACUCGUUCGCCAAUGCGCCAUUCAUUUCGAAGUUCUCAAUGGCUAUGUUCUCUCUGACGCUAAGGCACCGCAAGACUUCAUAAGCAAGAUUCAAGAGCCAUGCUCGAUUAUGAGCAGAGAAGCUGGCGAAGCCCUAAAAUCCAUAGCCAAAUCUAUCAAAACAAUGAGCAGAUACCAUGUUUGUGUGAAUACACACAUUAAAAACUCCAAAAAUGCCAUAGAAAACCUAAGGCUUGCACUCAAAUUAUCUUUCCCGGAGACAGAGAAAGAUCUCUUGGAGAUCAUUCCAGGAGUCACAAUGGCGUCAACAUUGAUCGACAUCGUGAGUUAUGUCGAGAAGAUCUCUGAGGCUGUGGACGAAUUUUCAGUUCUGGCACACUUUAAAGAGAAUCUGGAUCCAAAAUUAUCACCGGAGUUAGGACAACAUCACCUACUUCACAAGGGAACUGUAAAGCCUGUUCUAGAGGGUGACAACGAGGAAGAAUGCAAUAACUCUCCUCAUGUUGUUAUCGCAGUCCAUGAUGAACAGCCACCAACAGUCAACGAAAAUAAUGUUAAUUUGGGAGCAGAGAAGACGACAGUUGUCGUGUAAAUAAGCUCUUCAUCGUCAAUAAUUCAAAAACUCUUUGAUGGGAACUUGUUUUAACAUUAUCGAGUAGUAUAUAAAAAUAUAUUACUCAUUCUACUUAUUAUCAAUUCAUUUAGAAAUAACUAUGAUCUGCAAGAA